AUGCUGAAAUUGUCUGGGGCCAGCAGUGUUAGAAGUCAUGGAAGCAACUCUGAUAUCUGUCAUCAGGCAAGCAUCAGCUGCGACAGCUUAUCAACGGACGGAAGUGGUCCCAAGGGAGGGGCCAAAGCUAUUUCGAUACCUGCAGGUGGAGGCCCCGGAAAGCGUCUGGUUGUGGGAAAUGGAGGUUCAGACCUCCGCAGGUCAACAUCCUUAUCGGCGUCAGAACCAGGGUUAUCAUUGCCUGAUUUCUGUGGUACACCAGACCAUCCUUCGGUGCUUUCCCUGGACACCUGCAACUGGGACAAACAGAGUAACAAAUCUGCCAACAGUGAUGGAGCUCUCAGCGAGGCUUCCUUGGCUUGUCUUACAGAAAGGAUAUUGCAGAUGGAAGAAACAAACUACUCCACAACAUAG